AGGGAGGUGUACGCUGCGGCCCACACGCGUGUUUAGAGAGAAGAGGAGGAGGCAGGAGCAGGGAGGAUGGAGAGGGGAGUGAGACCCGGAUGCUGAUGCGAGUGGGGCGAAGGAAGGAAGAGGAGAGAGAUAAAAUAUCGAUUUACGGCAAGAAAACGGAGUAUCAUCCAAGCGGGCCCUCUUUUUUCUGCCCUGCCUGAACUGUAAUCAGAAGUGAGGAGGAGGAGGACGGGGCGGCUGGUUUGUGCUGUUUCACCUGUGCGUCCGCCGAUGACAGAGCAGGGACACGCGAAGGGAGAGAGGAAGAAGAUGCUGUGAUCCGCUACUUGCAGUGAUGUAGCGAGGCAGAGACUGGCAGAGGCAGGGAGGGGGUGGACUAGACGCUAAAGGAUGCUUGUUUGGCGAGGAAUACGCGUUGCAGCUCGUGAUAGCGUGAGAAUGUGGCGGCCGUUUGAUAAAAGUGACCAUUUAACGACGCCCGCAAACUUGAAGCAAUUCUUUUGACAGGCGCGAGACAACGGCCGUUGGUCGAAGCUUUGAAGCUAAAGGCUAGCCUCGCUGCUGUGGGGGAGAGCGGCGGCGAGGCUAAAAUAACAUGUUCCACCUAUAAAAUAGGCCCGACGCAGAAAACAACCUCCAUUUAUUCUCCAGGGCAAACGCAUUGUGGGACCUUUAGUUAGUGAACGCUAACAGCAGCUAGCAUCGCAGCCGGACUCAGAAGCUGCCUUUUUAAUAGCUGUGUGUUUUUACAGUUAUCGUCACAAUUAGCUCGUGUAUAUAAGAGAAACUUGGUAGUUUUGCCUUCAGAACAUUGUCAGCGUUUAAACGUAACGCAGGGGCAGGUAAUUACUUCAGAACACAGCUGGAGGACAUCCUGUCAUCAGCAUUAGCUGUUUAGUUAAGUAUUAAUGCCAUGUUAGCUCAGAAAUUUAGCUCAGAUUAGAUAAACAACCCUAACUCCACCAUUUUGUCAUGUUACAUGUUAGCAGCCUUACAUUAGCAGCGUUUUACCUGAAAUAAAAGAAGUCCCCUUAAAGUUUAGCAUCCUUUAUCACAGUGAUCACAAUAAUCUCAGUGCAGUAUUAGUUACUAUAGUGUAUUCAGUAGGAGCAGUAUGAGUAAGGAACUGUCUCUGAGUCAGUCUGCUCAAUAUGUUGGGCCCUAUCGACUGGAAAAGACUCUGGGGAAGGGACAAACAGGACUGGUCAAACUCGGGGUCCAUUGCAUUACGGGUCAGAAGGUAGCGAUCAAAAUAGUCAACAGAGAGAAGCUGUCUGAGUCAGUCCUGAUGAAGGUUGAGAGGGAGAUUGCCAUUCUGAAACUCAUUGAGCAUCCGCAUGUGUUGAAGCUGCAUGAUGUUUAUGAGAAUAACAAAUAUCUGUACCUGGUGUUGGAGCAUGUGUCAGGGGGCGAGCUCUUUGACUAUCUGGUGAAGAAGGGCCGGUUAACUCCCAAAGAGGCCAGGAAGUUCUUCCGGCAGAUCAUCUCUGCUCUGGAUUUCUGCCACAGUCAUUCCAUCUGUCACAGAGACCUGAAGCCGGAGAACUUGCUGCUGGAUGAGAAGAACAACAUUCGUAUUGCCGACUUUGGUAUGGCCUCCCUACAGGUGGGGGACAGUCUGUUAGAGACCAGCUGUGGAUCACCACACUAUGCCUGUCCUGAAGUUAUACGGGGGGAGAAGUACGACGGGCGGAGAGCGGAUGUGUGGAGCUGUGGGGUCAUCCUUUUUGCUCUGCUGGUGGGUGCCCUGCCUUUUGACCAUGACAACUUACGCCAGCUCCUGGAAAAGGUGAAGAGCGGGGUGUUCCACAUGCCCCACUUCAUCCCCCCAGACUGCCAAUCACUGCUCAAAGGCAUGAUUGAGGUCAACCCUGAGAAGAGGCUGACGCUAGAGGCCAUCCAGAAACACUCCUGGUAUCAGGGGGGUCGUAACGAGCCGUGUCCCGAGCAGCCUCCUCCCAGGCGAGUGUGUGUGAGACGAAUCUCGUCCCUGACAGAGCUGGACCCAGAUGUGUUGGACAGCAUGCACUCACUGGGGUGUUUCCGAGACCGAGUCAAGCUCACGCGGGAUUUACAGUGUGAAGAAGAAAACCAGGAGAAGAUGAUCUAUUACCUACUGCUGGACAGGAAGGAGCGCUACCCCAGUUAUGAAGAUGAGGAUUUGCCUCAACGCAAUGAUGUGGCGGACCCUCCUAGAAAGCGUGUUGACUCUCCGAUGCUGACGCGUCAUGGCCGCUGUCGCCCUGAGAGGAAAAGUCUGGAGGUACUGAGCGUCACCGAGCAGGGAUCUCCCACGCCGCCUCGCAGGGCCCUGGACACAGCUGCACACAGCCAGAGGUCUCGCUCAGUCAGCGGAGCGUCCAGCGGCCUCUCCUCCAGUCCUCUCAGCAGCCCCAGGUCCUAUCAGAGCCCCGUCUUCACGUUCAGCCAAUCAGACGUCACCUGUGCCACCGCCUCCCCCCUCACAAAGGAGACCAAAGUGGGGAGCACCACCACUCCUCGCACAGCGCGGUCUCAAGACAAGCCCAAAGCGCCGGCCAACCCAAAGACCCAGGCCCUGCCCACCAAAGGACCCACCGAGCGACCCCACCUGCAGCCCAUCAAAUCCCUGCCUCUGCACAACCCUUCCUCCCACUCCCCCUCUCCCUCCCCUCUCCUGUCACCCAUCCCUCGCUUCUUCUUCCCUUCGUCGUCUGUCCUGAAGUCUGUGACUAAGAGCUUCUACCCAAACUCUGUGCCACAGGUCACCCCUCAGGGCUCUCCGUUGCCCACACCCUUGGGCACCCCUGUCCACCACCCUCACCACCCCUCCUCUACCCCGCCUUCCUCUUCCUCAUCCUCGUCCUCUUCGCGGGCGGAGGGAGGGGGAGGGGUGGGCUCGCUGUCGCUGACCCCGCCCUCCAGCCCCGGAGGGGGCAGUGGCAUGGGGGCCAGCAGCCCCGCCCACUGGAGAACUCGGCUCAAUUCUUUCAAGAACAACCUGCUGGGCUCGCCCCGGUUCCAUCGGCGUAAGCUACAAGUUCCAACAUCAGAGGACAUGUCCAGUCUAACACCAGAGUCCAGCCCUGAGCUGGCUAAGAAGUCCUGGUUUGGGAAUUUCAUCGGUUUGGAGAAAGAGGAGCAGAUCUUCGUGGUGAUCAGAGACAAACCUCUGAGUUCAGUCAAAGCUGACAUCGUCCACGCUUUCUUGUCAUCUGUCGGUCUCUCUGCUUCUUCUCUGUCUCCCCACCACGCAGAUCCCAUCUCUCAGCCACAGCGUCCUCUCUCAGACAAGCUUCCGGGCCGAGUACAAGUCCUCCGGCGGUCCCUCUGUCUUCCAGAAACCCGUCAAGUUCCAGGUGGACAUCGCCUUCUCGGAGGGCGAGAGGGAACGGGACAGGGAGAGGACAGAGAGGGAGGGCAGGAGGGAGACGGGAAUCUACAGCGUGACGUUCACGCUCAUUUCAGGCCCGAGUCGCAGGUUCAGACGAGUGGUGGAAACAAUUCAAGCUCAGCUUCUCAGCUCCCAUGAUCAGCCGCUGGUGCAAGCCCUAUGUGAUCCCUUUCCAGAUGAGAAGAACGGCCGGCCCCACGGGACCCCCACCCGCCAAAACUCGAGGCGCUCUGAGGGUGGGGGCGACAGGUGCGAGUGGGGCGACCGAGCAGAUGGUGGAGGCAUAGGAGGCAGCGGAGGAGUCCUGCAACGCAGAGGCUCGGCGAAAGAGAGAACCCGCCUGCUCUCUUCUAACGGAACCCAAUCCCAACCAUAGGAUAGCAGACGAGAACACGCUGCAGGAUGCUUGGGUGACACCCUGAACAGAGACAGAACAACUCCAUCUACAAGUAUCCCUGGAAGGCAUGAGACACUCCCACUCUUCCUUGACUUUGUUAUUAAAAGUGAUUGACCCCAACAAGGAUUUUUUUCCCCUGUCUUGCUUUUUUUUGCCAACUUUACAUCAUCUGGACCUUUCCGAUCACCAGGAUUCCUACUCUCACACGAGUAAGAAAUGCUGAGGAACCACCCUUUAAUUUGAGGAAAUACUAUAUGAACGAGCAGUUCAGUAUCCAUCCAUCCGUUGACAUAGCGUCACAGGUCCAGCUAGGAAUUUUAAAGUACUGACGUGCAUGCCAGUUAGCAAACCAGCCUGCUAAAAGAUGCUGACAAGACCAGCUAGGCUCUUUCAUCUCCUCGUAUUCCAGUUCCGGACACCAAAAAACAAGCAGCCGUCUUGUGAUGGUUUUCAAAGUUACGUUUUAGUCAUUGCGCUCGUAUCUCUAUAAAGCAAUGUGAAAGAAGUGUAAAUGCAUCUCAGCAGAAGAACUCUCAAAUAAAUUGGACUUCUAAAGAAUUAGCAAGUGAGUAGCGGUGAGUUGAACAAAAAGGACCAUUUUUUUUCCCAUGCUGGAAUUCCAGCAGUGGUUUCUCUACUGAAGGAAACCAAUAAGUAAGCUAGGUAAAUGAAUGUGAAAAUAAUUUUUUAUUUAGCUUUUGUUUUUGUUCUGUUUACAUGUUUCUUUUACAGAAUGUUAGUAGCACAGUGGUAUCGGUAAAGACAGCGACUGAAACAGUGCGUGUUGUUUGAACGCUGCUCACUGGCAGACAUUUGGGUUCUUUUCUAUUUCCGUUUUAAUCAGAGACAAUUCAAAACGAUGCAGUGGGGACUUUGCGUCGGAUCCUCAUUGCUCUGAAGACGUGUUUUGGUUUGAAUAGAAACAUGAACAUUACUCUAUGGCAGAAAAAAAAACCACUGCGUGAAUAUUCCCAUGAGCCUCAUCUGAGCUGUUUGUGUCCAGACUGAUUGAGACGGGCAUUUCUGACCUGUGGGUCAAACAGAAUCCAUCUCUCUUUGUCAAGCUCGUCUCCUGUUGUCAUAGUAUUCACGUGCUGACUUGAAAGAAAACACACACACACACAAAGGGGAAAGUCAUCAGUGGACAUUUUUACAAUGCUGGACUUGUUGAACAAGUUUUCAAAAAAGAAGAAAAAUUGGGGAAUCAAGUGUGUCCAAAUCCUGUAUGGUCCUCAUUUCAGAGUUCCCCGAUGAGCCAAGUAGUCCCAUCACUUCACCCUCUCCGCGCUCAUUGCUGAGUGUCACACCAUUGUGGAAGCUGACGUAGCAGCUCGGACAUCUGCGGACAUUACUCCACCUCUCCAUCAGACCAGUCAGUGUUCUUCACCAGUCUUCCAUACAGCACAAUAUGCAACUAACGUGCAGGAUGUUCUCAGAGACGCACAGUGCUACCGGUCUGCUUAUGUUGUUUGUGUUUCUGCCAUAUAUGACAUCGUUUUAUUUAUGUAAUUAUUUAUUUAUUUAUGUAUUUAUUUAUUUAAAAGCACUUUUUAUGAUAUGAUAUUGGUUUACAAAAUAGACAUUAAGCUAACAAAAACUUACCAUUUACAGAUCCGGAAAUUGUUUUGGAGUUACUUUACUGAUUGUUUCCCUCUGAUGUCAUAACCAGAUGGUCUCAUCUUCUGUCUGUAGGGACUAUUGUGUGUAUCUGGUUAUUACAGCCUGAGCGUUAACGUAUCAGAGCUGGUACAUUGUGAGACGACUCUUUGUGAAUUAGCCCGAACCUAACUAUCAAAGCCAAAUCCUAACAGGCACUUCUUUUCUCCCACAACGCGCUGAGUGCUUGCUAACUCGCUUUGUCUUUUGCUUUUAUGCAUUGUCACUUUAAACUGUUUGUCUGCCUCUUCACCUCCGUUGUGUAGCCAUCAUCACAGGAAAAUAUGUACAAAGUUGUUAGCCUCACUGUCUGCACACACACACACACACACACACACACACACACACACACACACACACACACACACACACACACACACACACACACACACACACACACACAGCAUCUGUCUCAUCUUUCACGUCACCUUCACAUUCAUGGAUCCAACUCUGGCUAAGAUUGUAAACUAUUCUCCAUUCUUAAGGGUCAGUAGAAUAAGAUGUUUUAAAAAAAUGAAAUGUCUGUAUCAUAAUUUAAAUAUAAAAAGUGCACUAUUAUAACUAUUGCCUGUGAUAAAAGAACAAUUAUGAUUGAAUCGAUGGUCAAAAUAAAGAGAGAUUCACAUUAUUGUUAUGGUGACAAUAAUAAACCCUAAAUUCAUA